CGCCGAGUAAAAUUUGGCAAGGCAAAGCCGGUAGAGCAGGCUUCCUCCUGUGCGGUAGGUGGCGCUGCGAGAGCCAAGCGCCACUCCAGCCUUCUGCGGUUUCUUGGCGCAGACGGGCACUGAGGUCCUGCCUAGUCGGAGCUGCAGCGGAGCCCCUGCAGGAGUUACAGCAAUUCAAUUAGGAACUAGAGCGCGUAGCAAUUAGAAAGGGAAAAGAAAAUUCUCCACCCCCGAGCGGAGGUGGGAAUAGUAAGCAGACCAUCGGCACAGACAGCAACUUGAAUCGGUGUUAGCCGAGGGGCCUUCCAGUAUUUGCCAGAUUGCGAGCUUUUGCAGGACUGUGGCUAUCCGAUUUACAGCCGCUGGCUGGGAGGCGCAAGUGUAUCUCUUAGCCCGGGGGAAGCGGCCUGUCGCCCAGCUUGACCGGCUUCGCGACUGGAUCUCUGAACCCUCGGGAGAAUCAGCGGAGGAAAUCGCCACCUUCCACGCGUGAUUUGUCCCUUUGCAGAUGGAGUACAGAAGGAGUUCUGGGAGUCUGUGCGAAGUGAAGACGUGCCUCUGAGUUAGAAAAAUCAAAACUCGUCGGACCCGAGGACAGUCAGAAACGCACCCCGUGCGAGGCAUCUGAACGGUAAAUCUCCUUUUUAAAUACGUUGCACGGAGGAACACGCUUGUAUCAUUAAGGACUUUGAAAGCGAGAUCUCCGGGAGGGUGAGACCAAGAGAGACACUUGCACCCCGGAAAACUACCAGAAGGAUAUUGCUUAUAUCUCAAAUCACCCUGGACCAAACACUUAAGAGCGAGUCUGGAUUUUAUGUGGUUUAUCCGAUGAAGCCAUAUUAAGCACUUGAGUACACAAUGGAUUUCAGCAAAUUAGUGACCCUUUGGAUUGUGUUCCUGUGUCUCUUGGGCGAAAGCCGGGCAGAGAAGCCGCAGCCAGCGGGCCAGUCUCAUGCAGAACAGCAAGCAGAAUACGGAGUCUCAGAGCUCUGCCGCAUUGACGAGGCCCUGUGCCAGGAUGAGAAUACCAACCUGAGCUUUGAAGCGAUCCGCAGCAUCCACAAGCAGAUGGACGAUGAUGCCAAUGGAAACGUAGACGUGGCAGAGACCGACGGGUUCCUGAGAGAAGAUCUGAACUAUCACGAUCCUAAGGCCAAGCACAACAGCUUCCACCGAGAGGACCAGUUUAUCAGCGUUGAGGAUCUCUGGAACUCCUGGAAGGCUUCAGAAGUGUAUAACUGGACUGUGGACGAGGUGGUGGAGUGGCUCAUCACCUAUGUGGAGUUGCCGCAGUAUGAGGAGGCCUUCAGAAAGCUUUUGCUCAAUGGCAGUGCCAUGCCCCGGCUGGCUAUGAAGAACGCUACUCUGACAGGCUCCGUGCUGAAGAUCCAGGAUCGCAGUCAUGUGCAGAAGCUCCAGCUGAAGGCCCUGGACACUGUGCUGUUUGGAGCACCGAUGAUGAACCGACACAACCACCUAAAGGAUUUCAUGCUGGUGGUAUCCAUUGUCAUCGGGAUGGGUGGUUGCUGGUUUGCUUACAUCCAGAACCGCUACUCCAAGGACCACAUGAAGAAGAUGAUGAAGGAUCUGGAGGGACUACAGAGAGCAGAGCAGAGCCUGCAUGACUUACAGCAAAAGUUACAAAUUGCACAGGAGGAGCACCGCACAGUGGAGGUGGAGAAGGUUCACCUGGAGCAAAAGCUGAGAGAUGAGAUAAACUCUGCCAAGCAGGAAGCACAGAGGCUGAAGGAGCUGAGGGAGGGCACUGAGAAUGAGCUGAGCCGGCAGAAGUACGCCGAGGAAGAGCUUGAACAGGUGCGUAUGGCCUUGAAGAAAGCCGAGAAGGAGCUGGAGUCUCGGUCUGGCUGGAAUCCCCCUGAUGCUCUUCAGAAGUGGCUACAGCUCACUCAUGAGGUGGAAGUGCAGUACUACAACAUCAAGAAGCAGAAUGCUGAGAAACAGCUACUCAUUGCCAAGGAAGGAGCGGAGAAGAUUAAAAAGAAGAGGAAUACACUCUUUGGGACCUUCCAUGUUGCUCACAGCUCCUCACUAGAUGAUGUGGAUCACAAAAUCCUGUCAGCAAAACAAGCCCUGGGCGAGGUCACGGCCGCUCUCCGGGAGCGACUGCAUCGCUGGCAGCAGAUCGAGAUCCUGACGGGCUUCACCAUCGUCAAUAACCCUGGACUACCCUCUCUGGCCAAUGCCCUCAACCUUGACCCCAGCUUCAUGGGCGGCCGCCCCACACCCCAGCACUUCAUCAUGACUGAUGAUGUGGACGAUAUGGAUGAGGAAAUGAUGUCACCGGGCACUCUGCAAUAUGCCGCCUGGCUAAUGAACCAUCAAGCGAGCGACCCCUGGUCCGUCAGCUCGGACAACCACUCCCUGUGGAAAUAUUCCGCUCCCAGUAUGAUGUCGCUACGGCAACGCCACAUUGAUCCUCAGCUGGCCAUGGGCUCUCAGAGGUUGGUAGAGGGCAGUUUUGUGGCAGGGCACCAGGGAGAGGGCAGCUCCUACCCCGUGAAAUCGAAGGCAGCCCUGAGGCAGGGGCGCAGUCUCUCCUUCGGGCAGUUUGAGGCUUUCGGAGGCGCUGCCCCUCUGUCGUCUGCCGUUUCUCACCCUUCCAUCAUUUGCUCCUCCUCUUCCUCGUCUUCUGGUGGCUCGUCUGCCCCUCACUCCACAUUGCUCCAUCACUCCCCUCAUUUCCAGCCCAUGGACACCAUCCCUGACCUCCCUCCUCCGGACGUCACCUCGGGGUUGCGCCAGCGAUCUGGGAGCUUCGGGGAUCUUAAUCGGUCGGACUCCGAUUCGUCCCUGUCCCUGUCUCAGCCGAGCGAGCAGCAGCAGCGGCUGUCCAUGUCUUAUGGCUCGAAGGGCCACCCCUUGAAGCCUACAUCCCUCCUCCACGGCGGCAGCGGCGGCGGCGGCGGCCCCCGCGGGGACGAGCCGGCCGCCCUGCACGGCCUCACUCCCAACGGGGGGAACCGCCUCCAGGAGGGAGUGCAGUGGGCGGAGUGCCUGGGGGACAGCCCCCUGGUGAUGAAGAAGAUGUACGCCCACGGCAUGGAGAAGUCGGCCAGCCUGGGGGAGAUCAACAGCGCGCUCGCCGGGCUGUCGCAGUCCGAGUCCUCGCGCUCGCUCAGCCCCACCUCCACCGACCCCGACACACCCUCCCCGUCGGCGGAUACGAGGCCCGGGAGCGGAGCAGGCAAAAGCAGCCGCAUCCCUCAGCUCUCCAGCAAAAAGAGCCCCCUAGAGGAAGACAGUGGUUCCACGGGCGAAGAGACCGACUCCACCGCCAGCCGCAAGAAACACACCUUCAAGAUCUUCAAGAAGCAGAAGAAGUAACGUCCUGCUGGCACAUGGCAACACGGAGGAGGGGUUUUUGGUUUUUGUCUUUGUUUUAUUAGUGUUUUUUUUUUUCAAAGAGCGGGAAUGUCUCAUUUUUUUUUAAAGACCUGUGUGCCGAUUUCUAAUGGCACUGACAGUUGUCUUUUACAGGUACUUCUUUUUCCGAGGAACUGUGGGAGCAACCAGCAAUUUAAGGAUAUAUUUUUUUUUGUUAUUUCUUGUUUUGUAAUUAAAAAGAUAGGGGUCAAGUGGGUUGCACAUGUAAAGCGCUAUUUAUUCUGCAGGAAACGGUGCCAGUCUUUUAAUGAAAAUCCUACUCUGUGAUUUAAUUUUUUAUUAAAUGUUUUUAGUUUGCAUGUCUUCAUAUUUGUUUGAUUGAAAUUUUAACGCUAUUCGAUGUUUGCUAGGUUCUUGUCCUUUUUCCGCUUUGCAAUCAGCACGAGAUCUUGCAAUGAUUUUCUUCCCUUUAGUAUAUGUUUUAAUUACCGAGAAGCAAACAUGAUGGUGGCUUAGGCAAUCCAUUAAUCAGUGAAGAAGAGUGCUAACCGAGCUACUAAAUUUUUAAAAGAUGAGGAAAAUCACAUUUCAAAGGGCUGAAUGUUGCUGUUAAAAUAGCUCCUUGAAUGUCCCAGUGCUGAAUUCUGAUGAAUCUGCUCAUCACUAUGGACCAUAAUCUCUCUGUCCUGGAAUGACUUGUAUUUGGAAAGAAUGUGGGACUGCUUAAAAAAGUUCCAGGGGAUCACUUUCAAGUCAAGACAGGUCUUCAAAUGAUGAUGGUCUUCUCAUUAUGAACAACAGGCAGUGUUUCUUUGUCUUCAAAAACUGGACUCUUUCCUGUCCCUCUGGCUGAAAACUACUGCCUGAAUUUACCACCAAGCCCUACUGAUAGCACUCCUGACCACAGCAGCUCUAUCCAGUCAAAGCCCAGGGGUCCGUGAUGCAGGAACUUAUUAACAACUGAAACUGCUCCGCUGUUUGCUCUUAACUCUUCUAUGCAUGCCUGAAAUCUAACUCCUAAAUCAUGCGCUUUUGAGUACCUCUUGCUUUCAAAGAGUGAUGCAAAGUUUGAGGUUAACAUGGUCAGAAGAAGCUCAUCUCCUUCAUGAAAAGCAAGAGCACUUUUGGAAACAUUUUUAUUUCUCCCCUCUCCUCAAACACAGAAACCAUUCUUUGGAAAGGUUUGAGAAUUCACUGCUGCCUUUUUGAAACCAGUAGCAAAGAAACUAUUAUUGGGAUCAGAGUUGGGAUUAGAGCUCUGUUGUGAAAAGAGACUGUUCUGUCAAUCUUUAACCCAUUAGGUUUAAGACUCUGUACUGGGAUAUACUGAAGUACUGUGCGGUGUUGACUGGGCUCCUUCCAGCAAGUAUAGAACAGCUACUGCUCAUGCUUGGUCUUUAGAUAAUUCUGCAUCUUCCUGCAGUCAACAUUAUUGGACCUCACAGAUGAAUCACGACGUGUUUCUUGCCAAGGGCUCAGAUGACAAGUGCAGUGAGAAGGGUGAUCAUUGAAAACCCUCUUCAGUCCAUUAAAUAAUUCCGAUGUGUGAUUGAGCAGCAGCCUAUUCUCUGCUGGCAUUGAGUUCAAAAGUGCCUCUCAAUGGAGCUGUGUUUUCUUGAGUAUUUUUGAAAGCCCAAACCUUGUUCAGUAUCAAUGUUGACUAUUACUUUAAUGAUUACCUGAUGGUAUUUCACCUGAUUGUAAUGGAGUGGAGUAUGUCUAUGUACUCAAUAUAGGAAACAUGAUUUGAAAUUGAGUAAUGCUGUAACUGGGAAUUUAAAUUUUGGGGAAUUAGUUACAACUGGGAUUUUUUUUUUUGGUUCAUGUUAAAUGCCUCCAUCUUUUAGUGAUGACGACCCGACUAAAUUGUCUAGCAGUCCUAUGAUAGAUCUAUAAAGAUUCAGAUCAUUUGUACAGGACAAAAAGUGAAAAAAAAUAUCCUGGAAAAGCAUGCCCACACAAAAGCAGUCAACUCUGCCAAUAUACAUAUAUCUUAUGUAUAUGCAAGCUGUAUCAAUAAAAGUAUAAUUGCUUAUAGAAAAUCGAAGGUGUUAAAAAACUUCCAGAAUUAAUACAAAAGUCUUUCUUUUAAAAUGUUUCAAGUAAGUUCCCCUAAAAGAAAAAAAUAAUCUGUUAACAUAGCCCAUGGUUGGCCACAUAUUUGUUUUUUCUUGAAAUCAAAACAAAGAUUGCUGUGGUCAAAACAAUUAGAGCUUCAUAACAUAUUUCAUUGUGGAUAUAAACACACAAAGGGAUACCAGAGAGGAAACUAUUUUUCUCAGUCUGGGUUCAGCGGCUUGAAAGAACUAACAAAUAAGGGAAGGGGGAGGAAAAUGUGGGUACUUCUAUAAACAAGGGUGAUAUAAAGGAGUUGGAACUAGGCUAAAUAUUGUUCACAAUGUAGUAAAGUUUUAUACUUCAGAUACUGAUUUUAAUCGUACAUCUCCAUGUUCUCCGAGUUCUGUCACCUGUAUCCUACACUGAGUGGAUCUAGAACCAGCCUGCUGGGUUCCAGAGGGAUUGAUAAUGAGGUGCUUUUUGUUUGUAGUAUGCUUCCUUUCUCUUCUAUAAGCUUUCCAGGGUACAAUCAAAUCCUAAAACACAUUUUCUCUAAUGACUCUCUUCAGGUAGCGCGGGUCAAGAUGAAUCAGGGGCCAGAUGGCCACUCAAAAGUUGUUAGAUCUGAGAUCAUUAAGUGAAUGCAUGCUGAGUGGAGGCAGCAUUACUCGAAUGUCUUUUCACUCACGUAGCUUUGAAGUCUGUCAUGGUGCGUAUUUGACCCCAGUGUUACAUGCACUAGGUGGUGUGGGGAAAAUGAAAAUAGUCAUGAAUUUGCUAACAUUUCUUUGGAUUAAUAGUCCUUGUAACUGCAGCUGAUGUCCCUGCCCUACAUGAAAAGCGUGUUGUGUAAAAGAAAUGUGCAUAGUUUAAAUGUGCGUCACUGUUGCAGAGCUGCCCAGUAACUCGAUCGGUACGUUUGCAGCUGUACCAAUUAAGCCUGUCGGCACCUGAACUUGAUCUUGGCUGUUCUGAAGUGCUAAAUUAGGGGCAGACUGAGUAGACAGUCAGCAGUGUGCGAACAAGGGAGUGGGUGUACUACUAAUUAAACUCAGCUCACCCUCUCCGCUUUCUAACAGAUUUGUCGUAAGAUAUGUAAAAUUGUACCUGUUUGCCAUUAACUCACAAACUGGAACACAAGCUGACAAUUACUAUAGAGAAAAAGUGAGCAUAUGGCCCAUGGUGUGACUAAAGGCUUGGUCAUAACACGCCUUUUUUGGUCUUUUCAUAAAAGAAUGUCCUGGGCGUUUUGAUUGUGACCCAGACCAAGACUCUCUUUUGUAAACACUUCAAGAAGCUUUCCAAGUCUCUUUCCAGAGAUGGACACAAGCACAGAAAUGUACCCUGGACAUGCUCGUAUACAGUAUGCCAUGUCUUGCACAUCGAGCUGCUGCAAUUGGAUUCUCAAAUGUGGGGCUAGAAUGCCUCUGAUUUACCGACUGAGAUUCCUCUGGCAAUCCGACACACACAGUGAGUUGCAUGUCUAUAUAUACACAUACUUAUGGCAGAUCCUUUACAUUAAGCGCAUUGCACUGACUACAGUAUACAGGCCCUGACAGGAAAUGGUCAUUUCUAACAUACACUUAAGCAAGGGGUGGUACUGUGCCUUUUGAGUUCAUGAAGUUCCUCAAAUGUUGCCUUCAGUGCUAACUUGCACUCCAUUUAAAUGUGGAAACCAAAGCAGGGUUCUUCACUGGGCACGACCUGUUUGCUGAAAAGAGAUUUUCUGCACAGUGCUUAACUGUGGAGUCGUAACAAAAAGUGACCAUUUUUCAUCUGGAUGAUCAUGGUUUCUGGUGAAAGGCAAAACAAAAAAUUGCUCAUAUUUUUAAUUAAUAUCUUCCUGUUUUUACAAAGGUAUAAACUGUAACAGUGGCAAUUUAUAAAAUGUAAUUUGUACCACUUUUGCACGAAGAACCUGUAACAUGAUAAUGCUGUCAGAUGGUCUUUGUCCAUCUGUCUGUCCCGUUAACUGUUGAUGCUCUUUGUCCAUGCAUGCAGCCUCUGUGACAGCUGGACGGGUUAGGGGGGGAGACCAAUAGGAGGAUAAGACCUAUUCUUCCCCUCUUGCCCCUCUCGACAAAAACGGGGAAAAAAAACCCUUUAAAAACACUUUUUCAGCUUCUGUUAAUGAGAAACUAUAUCUUUGUACAGAAAAAAAAAAGUUUUGCAUCUUCUUGUAAGAUUCUGGACUUCUCUUCUCCAGAUCCUCAUGGCACUCCUGCAUGAAAGCAAUAAACUAUUUUGAAUGAAA